AAAAAGUACUGUGAACUCCUGUUUGUUAAAUUUAAAAUUUCUGUGAUAAUAUACUUUGCCAAAUAACUAGUGUGUAGACGAUGGUUUUGAUUACGUGUAGAAUCCUAAUAACUUUUUGUGUUUUGAAUAUUGUUACAGUGUUAAAUUCAGUGAUUGUGGAAAAAGAAAAUUGGCGAGCGCCUCCGCCACAUUUCAAAUAUACCGUGGACGAAUUGUUGAGUAGGAUUUUCCCGAAAAAGGUGUCGAAUGAUAUUUAUUUGGAUCCUUGUAAAGCAGAUAGUUUUCUGGGAGACAUAGCUUUAGCAUUACACGAUCAAUCAUCGAAAGCCCUGCCAAAAUUUUCAAAUUUUCAACAAGAAAUAGAAAAAUACAAACAGGACAUCCUCGAUGGAUUGCAAAUAGAAGAGGAAGGAUUGACGGACUAUUUGAGGAAGAAAACAAAACAAACUGCUUCCAUAUCCCUUCCCAAGCACUACAAUGAUCCAUUUGACAGCGUUCCAGUAAAUUCGGGCCAGAAAAACGGACAAAUCAUCAAAACUUUUAUCGAAAACGAUGAUCUGAGAGUUGACGAAACAAAGACUGAUUAUAAUAAUAAAAAUGCACCAGAGAUAAAUCAAGAAGAACUUGAAUCAGGGAUUAAAUUGAGGAAGAAGAGGUAUUUAAGAAAACAUUUAGAUAGGCCGUUAAGAGGUACCAAUAGUCAUAGGUUUCCCAAUGAACCUCCUGUUCACGAAUUCGAACCAAAUUUUGAUCUCAAAAGAAAGAACACUGCCACGUUCGAGGGGCACCAUUUCAGAGUAACCAGAGCUGCCACUGCCAGAAAAGAGAGGAUUUGGGAUUAUGGAGUUAUUCCAUACGAAAUUGACGGCAAUUUCAGUGGCUUGCACAAAGCCUUGUUUAAGCAGGCCAUGAGGCAUUGGGAGAAUUUCACUUGCGUCAAGUUUGUGGAAAGAAACAGAGAUGAACACCAGAACUACAUAAUUUUUACUGAGAAGCCUUGCGGAUGCUGUUCUUUUGUAGGAAAAAGAGGCAAUGGAGGCCAGGCAAUUAGUAUAGGAAAAAACUGUGAUAAAUUUGGAAUCAUUGUACACGAACUUGGACACGUUGUAGGAUUCUGGCACGAACAUACUAGGCCUGACAGAGACAAGCAUGUAAAUAUUAUUCGAGAAAAUAUCAUGAGCGGUCAAGAGUACAAUUUCAAUAAACUAAGUGAGGACGAAGUCAAUUCCUUAGGAGUUCCCUACGAUUAUGACUCAAUCAUGCAUUACGCCCGUAACACUUUUUCGAAGGGAACCUAUUUGGAUACGAUUCAGCCCAUCGAUAUACCUGGCAGAAAGCGACCAGAAAUAGGACAAAGGAUAAGGCUUAGCGAAGGAGAUAUCGCCCAAACUAAUCUUCUUUACAAAUGUCCAAAAUGUGGUCGCACAUACCAAACAAAUUCAGCAACCUUUUCGCCACCGGUUUAUAUGGAAAGCGCGCCAAAAGAUGAAGUUCGCUGCGAAUGGCGUAUCACGGGCACUCACGGUGAAAAAAUAGUCCUCAACAUUACCAAUUUAGACAUUGCAAAAUCUCCAGACUGCAAAACUGAUUUUAUAGAAAUACGAGAUGGGUACUGGCACAAAUCCCCGAUAUUAGGUUUAUUCUGUGGGACAGGACAAUUCCCGUUGAUUAAAUCUACAGGAAGUAGAAUGUUGGUUUCAUAUGUAUCUAAGAAUCCUAAAGGACACAAGGGUUUCACUGCUAGUUAUGAAGCUAUAUGUGGUGGCGAUCUUCUUAUCGACUCAGAGGGCCAUUUAGAAUCCCCUAACUAUCCAGAAGACUACCAACCGAACAAAGAAUGCAUCUGGAAAAUUACAGUUCCCAAAAACCACCAAGUAGCACUUCGAUUUCAAUCAUUCGAUGUAGAAAACCACGAUAAUUGUGUGUACGAUUAUGUGGAAAUUAGAGAUGGUCUCACACCUGACAGUCCCAUCUUAAAGGUAUAUUGCGGACAUAAAAUUCCACAAGAUACGAUAUCAUCUUCCAAUCAAAUGUUGGUGAAGUUCGUAUCAGAUGGAUCUGUUCAAAAAACUGGAUUUUCCGCUAUUAUCAUGAAAGAGUAUGAUGAAUGUUCCAAAAUCGACCAUGGAUGUGCUCAACAAUGUGUCAAUACUUUGGGAAGCUAUAUUUGUACUUGUAAAAUUGGGUAUGAACUCCAUUCUGAUGGCAAAAAUUGUGAAGAUGCUUGUGGUGGUAUUUUCGAUGUGCCCAAUGGAACAAUAACAUCUCCGUCAUUCCCUGAUUUGUAUCCGUUGAACAAAAACUGCGUGUGGGAAAUUGUAGCUCAGCCCCAAUACCGAAUAACCAUCAAUUUUACGCAUUUUGAACUAGAAGGAAAUCUGAAUGCUCAGCAACAACAAUGUGAAUAUGAUAAAGUCGAGAUAUUCAGUAAGCUUAAGGAGGACAAACUAAAGAAGCAUGGUUCAUUCUGCGGGCCAAAAGCACCUAGUCCCAUUACGUCCGAGGGAAAUAUCAUGAGAAUAGUGUUUUCGUCUGAUACUAGCGUACAGAAAAGUGGAUUCGCUGCUGUGUUCUUUACAGAUAUGGAUGAAUGCGCCAUCAACCAUGGAGGUUGUGAACAUGAAUGUGUCAAUACCUUGGGUGCCUAUAUCUGUACCUGUCACAACGGAUAUACUUUAGCUGAAAAUGGUCGAGAUUGCAAAGAAGGAGGAUGUAAAUACGAGAUUUCAACACCCUACGGCACUCUCGGCAGUCCAAAUUAUCCUGAUUAUUAUCCUCCCAGAAAAGACUGCGUUUGGCAUUUUACAACGACUCCUGGACACAGAAUUAGAAUAGCAUUUCAACUAUUUGAGCUAGAACCUCAUCAAGAAUGUUCCUAUGAUCAUGUAGACUUCUACGACGGGCCAUCUCCUGAAUCACCGUCUUUAGGACGAUUCUGCGGGUCUAAACUUCCACAUUUAAUAGUGGCUUCUGGUAACCAGAUGUAUAUGACGUUUAGAUCAGAUGCCUCUGUUCAGAGGAAUGGUUUUUGGGCUACACAUUCGACAGUGUGCGGAGGAAUGUUGGAAGCUACAUUUGAAAAGCAGCACAUAUAUUCUCACGCUAAAUUUGGAAGUGCCGGCUAUGAAAAUCGGGCCGACUGUGAUUGGACAAUAGAAGCACGUGGGGGGUAUAACGUUAAAUUGUCAUUUUUGACAUUCGAUAUUGAAGAUGAGAAAGACUGUGGAUAUGAUUAUGUUGAGAUAUUUAGUGGUUUGGAUUCUAGUGGACCAUCUUAUGGAAAAUAUUGUGGAUCUAAGAAACCUUUUGACAUCACUUCCACACACGAAGCUCUUCUAGUUAGAUUUAAAACGGACGAUACCCUCGUGAAUAAGGGCUUCAGCCUCGUAUAUGAAGCAGUAGAAGGUUCGACAAGCGAAGAAGAAAUUUAAACAUUUGAAUCGUGCUGAGACAAUUUAAAAAAAAACAUUCGAUGGACGUUUCAUGUUUCGCGCUAAAGAAGUGAAUAAUAUGUUAAUAGAUUUACGAAACACCCAAAUAAGAUGGUUACAGAUCUAAGCAACAAAAUUAAUUAAUGUAUACUUUUAGACACGAAUGGCGAUGUCAUUAUGAUCUCACAAGUGUGUUUAUGCAUGUUAUGUUAUUUGAAGUAUUUAUUUAAUAUACUUUUUGUAAGUUAUACAAAAAUAUCCACCAAGCUAGGUAUAUUUUCAAUUUUUUUAUUUUAAUUGCUUUAAACAAAUUCGGAAAUUAGGUAUAGAAACUACUUAAUGCAGUAUCAUCAACAUGCAUGAUACUGAUUUGUAUCAUAGAUAAAUAAGUUUAACAGCAACUAGAGAAAAUCUAUUAUCUAUGAUUCAAAGAAGAUUUAAAGUUUAUUUAGAGAUAUAUCGUUGAAAAACGAUAUUUCUUCAAGUCCCGUUCUUCCGUUUUGAUUCAUAACUCUUUUUAAUAUUAGCACAAAUGUAUAUAGGUAAACUUCUGGCAUCCAACGCGAGUUAUUUUUGAAAAAGUAAUAUCCUAGAUUUUGUCCAAAACUAACAAACUGUUUAAAAGGUAGCUAAAAAAAUAAUUUGCAAUGUUGAAAAUAGAUUUUGUGAUCAAAAAUGCCCACUACAUUUGACAAAACUCUGUUAACUGUAUGCAGCUAAAUAUUGAUGAGGGUGUUUUGUCUUUGAUUGCGUUUGGUUAAUAUCUAGAAGGAAGUGUUAUUAUAAGUAAAGUUUUAUGUAAUCAAACUUACAGGGAAAUUAAAAAAAUGCUUCCUAUUUCUGACUAUCUUAAUUGGGUCCAGAACAUGGUUGCUGCCGAUCAUACCAAUUCGUUGCUAAUAUGUUAGAAUCUAUCGUAGAUGGUUUUAAAUUAUUUCGACCAAAUGGUACUGAUCUUACUUACAAUUAUACCUUAUAUUUGUUACGUGUGUGACAUAGUAUUUAAUUGGUGUGAUGAAUAAACGUUUUUUAGGUUCUGAGUUUCGUAUAAUGCUCAAAAUGUAGUGUUGUUUUUAAGAAUAAGAUAAUUUGUUAAUAAAAUAUUUUUUAAAUGAAAUAAAAUAGCCAACAUAGUGCCAUCCUAAAAGUAACAAUCGAAUAUGCGUUUACGUGAUAUUGAUAAUUUUAACAUUUUUAUUAUAAAUAUAAUUUACGUUUAUCACUUCGUUAUUAAUUCCUUAACAUCUCAUUAGGUUAUACACUGCAAUUUACAGAGUGUUUAUGCAAAUAUGUGUUAUUCACAAAAUAUUUUCAUAUUAAUAAACAAUUUAUUUGUUUUGCCAUUAAAUGUAGCCAUCUUGGUAUUUACCGAAUUGUAGUCUAUAAGUAUGACUAUCGAGAAUUGUUUAUCACCGUGCUAAAAACUUGUUAACGUCUCUCUAUUUAUUUAUAUACCAAAAUGAAUAGAUACAAACAUAAUGAAUAUUUCGCUCAAACAUUCUGCAUUACAAAUUUUGAAUUUUGCUAUUGUAAAUAUUACAUAUUAACAACAAAAUAUCCCUUAUUAUAUUUGGCAUUAUAAAUAAGAAUACUGUAGCCAGUUCGUCAGUUGAGUAUAAAAUGUUUGUCCCAGAAGAAAGAACAUCAUUAGUGAUUUUGUUUUAAGCGACUAAUGACAUUACAUUUUCUCUUAACCGACAAGUCACUAAAUGAUUUUAGAAUAUAGUGAUUUUUAUGUAUUAUUUAUUCAUUUUUUGUUAAGGAAAAUUAGUCUUUAAUACCUAUAUUAAACAAUGAUUUUUUACCACAGCCAAAAUUCUGUCAAACACUGUAAUAUUACCAAUAAAUAAAAAUGACCUAUGAGUAUUUACUGCCUUAAAUUCACCAACAAACAUAAUCAAAAUUAUCUAUCAAUAAUGGAGAUUGUUGCUCUUUCUUUGAGAACAACGUUAAGUCAGUCGUUGAAUAAACAACAAACCAUGUAUUCAUUUGCGUGUUUGCCGAACAUACCUAUAAGGUAAGGUUGGCUCAUGUAAAAAGUACCAUUAUUUGUUAAUAGUACUCAGAGAGAAACAAAAAUAUCGAUCUACCUGUAUUAGUAACUUUAUAUUAAAAUAAUUCAAUAAAUUUAAAUUGUGAUCAGAAUUAGAUUUUUAUUACUAAGAAUCUAUUGGAAUGCUGAGCUAUAAGCACAAGUAAAUCUUUGUAUAAAACUCAAAAUUCAGCUGACAAUAAAUAUGAAUACCUAUUUUGUAUCUUUAUUAGAACUAAUGUGAUUUGAUAUUCAAUGUUCUGAUUAAAAACCAAUUCAAUUUGUAAUCUUCAACAAUACUCGUUUCCCACGUGACCAAAUUGUUUUCAUUUGACUAAAAGUGACAUUAUAAACUUCAGUAGGAAUCUUAUAACAAUGUCACUGAAGUAUUUGACAGAACUGACACGAAAAUAACGCCCAUUUUCAUUUUACCAGAUCACGUGGGAUACGGAUAUCGUUGAAGACUCUGUAUAUGUUCAUAUUCAAAGUUGUAAGUACCUAUUGUAAUUUCUAUUUUAGUAGUCUUGUCAUAAUGCUCUCCCUAAAUGACAGGUUGCAAGAUCCAUCAAUCAGCUGUCAUUUUUUAUUUAUGUACCUAGUCAUUUCAUGACUAAUAUUUUUUUAAACAUAUUUUUUCAGUUUUUUUUUAUUAAAAACAAAUUAAUGUGGUAUUUUUUAAUUCUUGUACAGAUAAUUUGGUUACAAUUAGUAUGUAAUUUUUAGUAAAUAAAAUAG